GCCACCGCCAUGGCCGCGCCCCAGAGCCCCCUGCGCCGAUGGAAGCCCUUCCUCGCUGCCUUCUCCUCCGUCGACGCCGCCAUCGAGGCCGCCGACCCGGGGCUCCUCUCUCGCGCCGAGUUCAGGAGAGCGCGGGAACGCGUCGUCGAGAUGCUCAGCGGCGCCGAGGACGACGCGGAGGCGGAGGAGCUCUGCCUCGUGCUCGACGAGGUGAUGGAGGAGUCGCUCCUGACGCUGCAGAUGGCGCCCGUGACGCCGGAGAGGCUGGCGUCCACCGAUCUCGCCCAAGUCCUCGGCGCGAUGAGGAAGCACGAGUCGGAGCGGAUCCGCAGCCUCGCCACCGACAUCGUCCGCGCGUGGAGGGCGACCGUCAACAACGACCUUGUCAGGAUGAUGGCCGCCCUGGAGAGGAUUCCUCAGUCUCCGAAGCGAAUCGAGACGGGUCGUCCCAAUCUCGAAGCGAAGGUGAUGCAGGGAUCACCGGCGCCCAAGAAGGCUAUCACCAAUGGCGGCUGCCACGUCAAUCCGACGAAGACCUCAGCGCCGUCGCCGCCCAAGAGAAGUGCUCCAGCUCCAGUUGUUGGCGGUGCUCGAGUCAAGACGGACUACAAGGGCGCAGCAGCAAAGCCGAAGGAAUCGGCGCAUCCGGCGAAGAAGCUGUUGGCUGACAUCAGCCGCCGCCAAGAUCAAGAUGGCAUCAAGUCCUACCUUAGUGACCCCGAGAAGCUGGCGGCAUUAGCUGCUCCAAAGCGGAAGCUUCACGAAGGACACCAAGAUCAGGAAGAGGAAGCGAAGAAGCGGCGCAAGAUGGCCGACAUGGGCGCAGCAACAAAGCCAAGGGAGCCUCCAGCACUUCCGCCAAAGAAGGCGCCGGUCCUCGUCGCCAGCGCCGGCCGCCGCAAGAGCAUCGAGCACUGCAAUGAAGACGAGAAGAUGGUCGCUUCCACAACGCGGAAACUACGUGAAAGCUACCAAGAGGCGGAGGAGGCGAAGAAGCGGCGGAAGGUCCAUGUCAUCGAGGACCAGAAGAUGCACCCAAUCAUGAGGAUGCGGAGCAGAGCCAGCUCCAUCGGCGAGGAGAAGAGCCUCGUCAUGUCGUCGCUUCGGAGGCGCUAGACCUUUUUAAUUAAAGACUCAGCAGUAUUUACUUAGCUAACUGUGCAUCCAAAGAUCCCAGUAGCUUAAUUCUUGUGAUGUAAAUUAACUGCGCAUCCAAAUGUCACCUUAAUUAAUUAGCUUCUUCUGAUGGCACGAGAACCCACCCCAUGUAAACAGCAAACCUUUUCUGAAAUCAGAAUUCGUAUAAUGAAU